GAUUCCCACCCCUCAUCUCUUUCAUUGCAGCGGACAUUGAGGGAGAGGUUCGCCAAGCUAUGGAGUACCGGACGUUGGACAUCAACGUGAUCUCCGCCAAGGACAUCAAGGAUGUGAACCUCUUCUCGAAGAUGGACGUGUACGUGGUCGUCUCGAUAUCGGGCGACCCAUACAACAACAGCCAGAAGGCCAAGACCAAGGUGGACCGAGACGGCGGCAAGAAUCCAGCCUGGAACUGCCCGAUGAAGUUCACGAUCAUUGAGUCAGCAGCCCAGGAGGGCGGGCUCGCUCUCGUGUUUAAUCUCCGGUGCGACCGCAGCCUCGGGGACAAGGAUAUCGGCGAGGUGGUCGUGCCGAUCAAGGAGCUCCUGAGCUCUGCCAAAGAGGAUGAAAAGUCGAUGCGAACCGUGACAUAUCAGGUGCGCAAACCAUCGGGGAAGCCCAAAGGCGAAUUACAUUUCUCUUACAAUUUCGGCGACGUAGUCAAAGGGCAAGAACAACCACCACCACCAGCCAUCACAGCCUACCCGGCCGAGGCCGGACCCAGCGCCCCCUACAAAUAUGAAGUCACUCCGCCAGCAGGAUACCCUCCAGUCCCGCCGACAGGGUACCCGGCUCCGCCUCCGGCAGGCUACCCGCCGCCACCAGCUGCGGCAGGAUACCCUCCACCACCGCCUGGGUAUGGCUAUCCUCCGCCAAACGGGGGCUAUCCACCUCCACCACCAGGCUACGGAUAUCCACCUCCACCGCCUGGGUACGGGUAUCAGGAGCCAAAAAAGAAGAACAAGUUUGGGAUGGGCCUGGGAGCAGGGCUGGUCGGAGGAAUGGUUGGUGGACUGCUGCUCGGCGAAAUGGCGUCGGAUGCUGCCGACUUCGAUGUCGACUGUGGUGGUUUUUGAUACUAUCUCAGUACUUCAUCUUCUUUUUCCUAUAACCUGUUCCUUUUUGGGUGUUCUUUGACAAGUAAUGUUCCAAUGUAUGUGUGUUUGCGGUCCAUUUAUUCGAUAAAUCUGUAACCAUUUUCGGGUUUAUGAAGUAAGAAAAUGGAAACGGGGCUCGGGGCGUAGAUUGGUCUGGUCUGGCUAGCUGAUGUGUUGUAUUUCAAGUCGAAUAUAAAUCCAUGUGAAGUGACUUCCUUCUUGCAAUC